AAUAUGUCAGUGACACUUCAUACAAAUCUAGGUGACAUCAAGUGCGAAAUCUUCUGUGAUGAAGUACCAAGAACUGCAGAGAAUUUCUUGGCGUUAUGCUCAAGUGAUUAUUAUGAUGGGACCAUAUUUCAUAGAAACAUAAAGGGUUUCAUGAUCCAAGGUGGUGACCCAACAGGUACAGGGAAAGGUGGGACAAGUAUUUGGGGAAAAAAGUUCAAUGACGAGAUAAGGGAGUCUCUCAAGCACAAUGCAAGAGGGAUGUUGGCAAUGGCCAACAGUGGCCCUAAUACCAAUGGGAGCCAGUUUUUCAUUACGUAUGCCAAGCAACCACAUCUCAAUGGAUUGUACACCAUCUUCGGGAAAGUGAUACAUGGAUUUGAGGUUCUCGAUCUCAUGGAAAAGACUCCAACAGGACCAGGUGAUAAACCCCUUGCCGAGAUCAGACUCAACCGGGUGACCAUUCAUGCUAAUCCACUUGCUGGCUGACGUACUUUUGAAGCAUGCUAAAGCAGUAUGUGUAAUCUCAUUGUUCGAGUUGUUGACCGUGGUGAAUUCUUUGGACUAUUGCUAUGGUCAACCUUCAUAGCCAACCAACUUACCGGUAGAUAGAAAGUAGUUAAUGUGGGAUGAUAGUAGUAAUGGAACUUCCUUUUUGUUGAGCUGUUGAUCUUCCUGAAACACACAAUCUUGAAAUCUCCAAAAAGCUAAUAACUAUGAAAUGGUUCUCCAGAUUUACAUAUCUAAGGUUUACAUGUAUGAACAGUGAAAAUCAAGUUGGAUAUAAUGUUGAUCUAUGAAAAAUUUGAAGAUCUAUUGAGUGUAAAUGCAUAGUUAUUUUUUCUUAAUAAUGUUGUACUGCUGUUGCAUUUGAUGUUAAUGCAAAUUGAAUGAUUCUUUUUCAUUCAA